AAGUGCAGGGUAAUUUAUCACGCGUACAGGAUGAGACCAUGGGGAGGACUCGUGCUCCAAUCCAGUGCGUUGCGCAGGUCACAUGUCUCGGUUUCCAUUGUCCGCAGAGCAGGGUGUGUACCACGGGGAGGCUUGUGUGGGCUGGGUCGGGGCGGCAUGUGGAUGUUUGUUUUUUCUUCCUCCCUGAGCAGGCAGCGGUGACAUCGCUUCUUCUCGGAAAAGAUGCUGCGAGUGCGUCGGGACGAGAGCGUGAGCGCGCACGGCGACGGGAACUACACCACCACCUGAACGGACACCGCACCGAGAGGAAAAUGGCUUUUUAAAAAAGACGGUGACGACACUUAAAAAAAAAAACAAAAAAAACAAUUAAUAUAUACCGUAUAUAUUUUUAUUAUUAUUGACCAAAAAUGCCUAAACCAAAACAUUGCGAGGCGGUCCGGGUGGUGGUCCGCUGCCGGCCGUUCAGCAGGAGAGAGGAGGCGGACAGUGAGAACAUCCUGCACAUCGAUGACCGGCUGGGGCAGAUCACCCUCCAGAAGCCCAAGGCGCCACCUGAUGAGCCCAUGAAAGUCUUCACGUUUGACUCCGUGUACGGAUGGGACUCCAAGCAGGGCGACAUCUACGACGACGCCGUGAGACCUCUGGUGGACUCCGUGCUCCGGGGCUUCAACGGGACUAUUUUUGCGUACGGGCAAACGGGCACGGGUAAAACGCACACCAUGCAAGGGGUUUCAAACGACCCCGAGAUGAGGGGGGUCAUACCGAAUUCAUUCCAGCACAUUUUUACCCAAAUAUCCAGAACUCAGAAUCAGAAGUACCUGGUGAGGUCGUCCUACCUGGAGAUCUACCAGGAGGACAUCCGAGAUCUGCUGUGCAAAGACAACAACAGGAAACUGGAGCUCAAAGAGAAUCCGGACUUCGGGGUCUACGUGAAAGACCUGUCCUCGGUGGUCACCAAGAACGCCGCCGAGAUCGAGCACGUGAUGAACAUCGGCACCCGGUCCAGGUCCGUGGGCUUCACCAACAUGAACGAACGCAGCUCUCGCUCCCACGCCAUCUUCGUCGUCACCGUGGAGUGCAGCGAGGUCGGGCCGGACGGCGAGGACCACAUCCGCGUGGGGAAGCUGAACAUGGUCGACCUGGCCGGCAGCGAGCGCCAGAGCAAGACGGGCGCCAAGGGGCAGAGACUGAAGGAGGCGGCCAAGAUCAACCUGUCCCUCUCGGCACUGGGGAACGUCAUAUCGGCCCUGGUGGACGGGAAGAGCACCCACGUCCCGUACAGGGACUCCAAACUGACCCGCCUGCUCCAGGACUCGCUGGGUGGCAACGCCAAGACGGUGAUGAUAGCGACGGUGGGGCCGUCGCACAGGCACUUUGACGAAUCCCUGGCCACCCUGAGGUACGCCAACAGGGCCAAGAACAUCAAGAACAAACCUCGGAUCAACGAGGAUCCCAAAGACGCCCUGCUGAGGGAGUUCCAGCAGGAGAUCGCACGCUUGAAGGCCCAGCUGGAGGAGCGAGGGAUGCUGGCGAAAGAGAGGAGGAGGAGGCGUAACAGCAAUAGGCUGAGCAAAAGCAUGGCCGGCAUGGAGGAGGAGAUGUUCAGGGAGAGGGACGCGGAGGUGUGGAAGGCUUUCGAGGAGGAACCGGAGGUGUGGCGUCGCGUGAAAGACGAAAGCGACUUCCCCAAGGCCCUGACGUGCCAGAGGGGCGGCGAGAGGUUAAAGCACCUGAAUGACAACAGAAAGAGUUUGGUGGACAUGCACUGGGAUCAAGAUGCUCUGGAGAAGAUCAUUGAGAAGUAUAAGGCCAUGGAGAGCAAACUGUUAGUGGGAGGAAAGACGAUAAUCGAUCACACGAAUGAGCAGCAAAAAAUGCUGGAGCUGAAGAGGCAGGAAAUUGCAGAACAGAUACGACGAGAGCGAGAGAUCCAGCAGCAGAUGAUGCUGCAGGACGAGGAGACCUUAGAAAUGAGAGAGACGUUCUCCUCCCUGCAGCAGGAGGUGGAACACAAGACCAAAAAGCUGAAGAGGCUGUACGCCAAACUGCAGCUGGUGAAGGCCGAGGUGAGAGACGUCAUCGACGAGCACGUCGUCACCAGACAGGAGCUCGAGGAGACGCAGACCGAGCUCACCAGGGAGCUCAAGUACAAAUAUCUCCUGAUCGAGAACUUCAUACCUCCGGAGGUGAAGAACAAGAUCAUGCACAGGCUGCACUUUGACAGCGACGAGGAUCAGUGGAGGCUCCAGCCGGUCAUUCCCGCGCAGAGUGCCCCCACUCAGUUCAAGAGGAGGCCUCUCUCCGCCGUGGGAUACAAGAGGCCAAUCAGCCAAUAUGCACAGAUGGCCGUUUCCGCGGCAACCGGGGCCCCGUGUCGAUACCAGGCUGAGAACAUCAUGCUGUUGGAGUUAGACAUGUCUCCACCGACCAUGUUCGCCUUGCACCUGAACGGCGCUCACCUGGAGAGAGCCUCCUCUCCCAGUCUGAUGGGGGAUCUUCUGGCAACGGUUCCCAUUAGAGAGAGGAGGAGGACGACUGCGGCGUCGCGGGUCAGGAAAUCCCAAUCCUGGUAUCAGGCACCACAAGCAGCAGCAUCCAUCUCAUCGUCCUCAUCGUCCACCGCUCUGACAUCGGGAUCUCAGAGCUUCUCGUCUCCCUCUCGGAGACAAAGACCGUCCUCUGCUGCCUACCUUCCACUGGAACGUCCGGUCCGGACGAGCCCCUGAUGUGUGUGAACCGUGUCCGGUGUUGUUUGGCCUUAGCUUGUGCAAAGGACUCCAGGUCUUAUGCCUUGAUUUUAAAUUGAUGUCACAACUUUUUUUUUUCUUGAGAAAGAAUUACUUUAGUCAGCAUGCGUUUCAACUUCACCAGAUAGUUUAUCUUGGCCCCAGUCUCAAUGAUUAGCACAGCCAAAACUUUAUCAUUUGAAACCAGCGAUAUAGUAAAUGGUUUUGAGGGUCUUAGAAAUUUUAUUUAUUUUUUAUUUGAUACCAUUUUUAUUUACAUUUUUAUGGAAACGUAUCUGGUCUUUGCCAAAACAGUCACUGAGGCAUUUAUCCUGUAUGCUUGAUGAAUUGUUGCUUCAAUCUCUUGGCGAUGUAAUUGUGAGCCAAACAUGUGAAGAAAGCCUGCACUGCUCUCUUGAUUAGCUGCCUUAUUGUUUUUCAUAGGUGUGAAAUAGUGUAAAGGCCAUUUGCUUACACAUGAAAAUAAACACAGACUUGAUCUUGAA